GGAGGAAGCAGCUUAGCCCGGUUCGCCAAGGACGCCGCGCUCCUCCUUCCUCUCCUAGUCAAGCAGGAAGCUCCUGGCGGCCGCACGUGCCGCCGAGACCAGGCCCCUCCCCUCCCCGCCCACCUUCUCCGUCUGCCGAGAUGGCGCUCGACCCCGCAGACCAGCAUCUUAGGCAUGUCGAAAAAGAUGUUUUGAUUCCUAAAAUAAUGAGGGAGAAGGCCAGAGAGAGAUGUUCUGAACAAGUUCAAGAUUUUACCAAAUGUUGCAAGGACUCUGGAAUCCUUAUGGUAGUAAAAUGCAGGAAAGAAAAUUCUGCACUGAAAGAAUGUCUAACUUCUUACUAUAAUGAUCCAGCCUUUUACGAAGAGUGCAAAAUUGAAUACCUGACGGAAAGGAAAGAAUUCAGAAGAACUGGAAUUCCUGCCAAGAAAAGGCUACAGAAGCUUCCCUCAAGUAUGUAGACUAAUGUACAAACUCCACUCAGGAAUUCUAAUAUUCACACAAGCCACAAUCACCUGAAAUAAUGGAAUCAAGAUAAGGAAGUAUCUUUGCUUUAUCUUAAAUUAUGGAAAUAUCAAUUUUAGUUGAAAUAAAGACCUGUUUUUUUUAAAUUUUGAAGUUCAAGUUUAUUAAAUGGGAUAAGAGUUCUUACAACAGUGAUGCUGAUAUUUAGAGUUCCACAUGGAUUUUUUUAUUAUCUUUUUCUGAUGUAUAGGCUAGUGGCUACUUAUGGGGGCCACAGUAACUAAAAGAAGAGGAGUGGAUAAUCUUUGAAGGUGAUAAUAAUAGCUAAGCAGUAUAGCCAGAAUGGCUGUGAACCAGAAUCCUUCCUGGUGUUACUCCUUUUUAGCUAUGCGACUAUGGAAUUAAAAAUUUCAUACAAUUAUUGUGAGGAGAUUACUGAGUAUUGCAGGUAAGUAGAGGGCAUAGGACAAUGCCUCAGACAUAAUAAAUGCUCUUUUAUUGUUAGUCUAUUAUUAUUGUAAUAAUGUCUCAUAUGGGAAACAUAGGUAAGGUUGAUGAGUAUUUACACUAAUUUUACUCAUAUCUUUGAUGGAAAUUUUUGUAAAAUGUCUUAUGAUGUUCUUUGAUCUGUUAACUUGGCCACUGAAAAUGUUUUAACCUUUCACUUAAGUCUUUUUUAUACAUAUGAAAUACAUUUUGCAGUAAUGGUCUCAGGAACUAGUGUAAAAGAUUUCUGUGCCAGUGCAAUUAUUGAGUCCUGAGAUGAGCUUUUGUAUUAAAAGUUGCUUUUUAUUA